UUUUUAUUGUAUUUGAAGAAUUUUCCCAAAUUUAUUUUCUAGGGAAUGAAAGUGCAGAAGUGCCUUCAUCCCUCUGUCGUCUCUUACAAUAAACAAGGUCCAAUUACAAACGCCCAGACGCGCAUUACAUUUGAAAACCGCCAUAUUUAGAAAAAGUCUAUGUACUUUUUGAGCUGAUCUUACUCUGUAAUUACAGUAGAAUUUCCUCCUCUUUUCAUUCCUUUGCUCGUUCACACUUUCUUCACCUUUCAGCUGAUCUGGGUCUCAGUCAAGAAGCGAUUAAAAUCCAGUCAAUUGAGGGGAGCUUGAUAUUUAAAGCUUUAUUUCUAUUCUGAUCUUUAUCUACUGUUUUUAAGUUUCGUGAGCAAUCUCCAGUUUUUUCCCCUAACAUGAAUCAUUCCUUCAAAUUUUGACUGCUCUGCUUUUCUAUUUCUAUAUAUGUAUAUGCAUAAGGCGGAGACUUUGAGCAUACAUAAGAGGGGAUCUAAACUCAAAACCGAAACUUUGGAUAAUGUUAGUUGAGUAUUUAUUGGUAUCAGAAAUCUAGUUUUACAAGUCAAACCCCUUGAAAAAAGUCAAAAUGUUCAUAUCCUCACUGCGAGUUUGACACAAAUUUGCUUGCUUCUGGGUGAGACAAACCCGUGCUCAUAGUUAAUUAUGUUUGUUUAGAGUUGUUGACCAUAUCUCUGUUACUUAUCCGAUUAAAGGGGUUGAUCUUGGUUCAGCUUUUACCUUCAUUGAAGCUAAAAAGAUAAGGUUCAUCUAUUGUAAGUUCUUCUUGGCCCAAAAAUGAAACUUGUAGUGCGAGUGAUAGAGGCACGAAAUAUACCUGCAAUGGACCCAAAUGGGUUCAGUGAUCCCUAUGUGAAGUUGCAGGUUGGGAAGCAGAGGUUCAGGACCAAAGUGGUGAAGAAAUGUUUGAAUCCGUCAUGGUGUGAUGAGUUCACCUUUCGGGUGGAAGAUCUCAAGGAAGAACUGGUCAUCGCUGUUCUGGAUGAAGAUAAGUACUUCAAUGAUGAUUUCAUUGGUCAAAUUAAAAUCCCCAUUUCUCGUGUUUUUGAAGCACCAGAUAAGUCGCUCGGCACUUCUUGGUACUCAUUACACCCAAAGAGUAAAAAGGAUAAGAAUAGGGAUUGUGGUAAGUUGUUUCUUAUACUAUCUUUUAAGUGAUUGUUGUAGGUGUCUUUUUUUUUUUAAUUUCAGGACUAUUGAUGCCACAGUGUGUUCAAAAACCGGUUCUGUGCUUUGUACACAACCCAACACCUUUAGCCAACUAAAUGUUUACUUUUAAUUCCACUGUGUAUGCCCCCUUCCUGCCGCCAGCUUGGUCCUUGAUACACAGUACAAUCAUGCUAUCGAGGAAGGGGAAGUAGCAAGGAUACAACUGUUGAUAUUUAUGGAAAUGUCAAAUAGGACAAAUUUUUCUCACUAUAAGUUUCUCGCUAAACAACAUUUCGGCAGACUUGCAAUCCAGAAGUGAUCCUGCUACAUUACCAAAGAAGUAUGAUGAUACGCCAAGUGGAUCCCCAGCCAGGUCCUCCAAUUCCACUGUGAGAUCACUUUCCCCGAUAAAGUCAGAAGAAACUAUCUGUUCAAAGGAAGAAAAGUCACACACACAAACCUUGGCUGGUCGGUUCUAUCAGAUUUUUAACAAAAAUUCUGAUGGACCAUCCACAACCUAUGUGAAAUUCACAGAUUCAACUGAAUUGUCUGAUAGUGUGAGUAUAGAGGAUAAUGAGGAUGCACAAGAGGAGCAGUCUUCACCAGUCAAUUUCGAAGAAAUGAUGAGAUCCAUGGAGAUGAGAGAUCAAGGCAGUGAAGUUCCUAGUUAUUUACCAGGAAUAGUUUUAGACCAGUUAUAUGCUGUUGCUCCACAUGAAUUGAAUUCACUGCUCUAUUCACCAGACUCAAACUUUCUGAAGUCUUUAGUAGAUUUCCAGGGAUCCACAGACUUGAAAGUGGGACCUUGGAAGUUUGAGAAUGAUGGUACAAGUUUAAAGAGAGUAGUCACUGCUACUAAGGCUGCAAGUAGAUUGGUCAAGGCUUUGAAAGCAAUAGAGGAGCAAACUUAUGUGAAGGCUGAUGGGAAGACAUAUGCAGUAUUUGUCACUGUAAGCACUCCAGAUGCUCCAUAUGGUAACACUUUUAAAACUGAAACUCUUUUCUGCAUCACUGGUGGGCCCGAUCUGCCUUCAGGAGAAAAGACCUCAAGACUGGUAGUCUCAUGGCGGAUGAACUUUUCUCAGAGUACUAUGAUGAAAGGUUUAAUAGAGAAUGGAGCAAAGCAAGGUAUAAAGGAAAGCUUUGAGCAAUAUGCAAGUUUAUUGUCUCAGAAUGUAAAACCAGUAGAUGAAAAAGAGUUUUCUUCUGAGAAGGAUCAGGCAUUGGCUUCCCUGCAAGCAGAGCAACAGUCUGUUUGGAAACUGGCUGUUAAGUACUUUGCCAAUUUUACCGUAAUAUCAACUUUUAUCAUUGGGUUGUAUGUGGCUGUGCACAUCUUGCUAGCAACGCCUAGCACAAUUCAAGGGCUUGAGUUUGCUGGGCUUGACUUGCCUGACUCUAUUGGUGAAUUGAUUGUCUGUGGAGUACUGGUACUGCAAGGGAAAAGGGUCCUGGAGCUAAUGUCACGUUUUAUUCAGGCAAGAGGACAAAACGCCAAAGGUGGUGACCAUGGAGUGAAAGCACAAGGAGAUGGCUGGUUGCUGACUGCGGUGUUGCUUGAAGGACAUAGUUUGGCAGCUGUUGACUCAAGCGGGUUUUCUGAUCCAUAUGUUGUUUUCAGUUGCAAUGGAAAAACAAGAACCAGCUCGAUUAAGUUCCAAAGUUCAGAUCCCAAGUGGAAUGAAAUCUUUGAGUUUGAUGCAAUGGAUGAGCCGCCUUCUGUACUGGUUGUGGAGGUUUUCGAUUUUGAUGGUCCUUUUGAUGAAGCCACAUCUCUUGGACGUGCUGAAAUUAAUUUUCUAAAAACUAAAAUAUCCGAUUUGUCUGAUGUCUUGGUUCCCCUUCAUGGGAAGUUGGCUCAAGCCUGUCAGUCUAAGUUGCAUUUAAGAAUUUUCUUGAAUAAUACGAAAGGUAACAACCUUGCCAUAAAUUAUUUGUCCAAGAUGGAGAAAGAAGUCGGGAAGAAGAUAAGAUUAAGAUCCCCUCAAACAAAUUCAGCAUUCCAAAAACUUUUCGGACUUCCACCUGAGGAAUUUCUGAUUAACGACUUCACUUGUCACUUGAAGCGCAGAAUGCCCCUUCAGGGUCGCGUAUUUUUGUCUCCAAGGAUAGUUGGGUUUCAUGCAGAUCUCUUUGGACACAAGACAAAAUUUUUCUUUCUUUGGGAAGACAUAGAAGACAUUCAAGUCAUUCCCCCCACGUUGUCAUCAAUGGGCAGCCCUAUUCUUGUAAUGACACUUAAGCCUCACAAAGGAUUUGAUGCAAGACAUGGCGCUAAGACUCAGGAUGAAGACAGCAGGCUAAAGUUCCACUUUCAAACUUUUGUUUCUUUCAAUGUAGCACAUAGGACAAUAAAGGCAUUGUGGAAAGCAAGAGCAUUAACCCCUGAGCAGAAAGUACAAAUAGUUGAAGAAUCAGAGGCUAAGACACUACAAGUAACAGAAGAGGAGUCUUUAGCCAAAAACAUACAAGUUAUGGACGAAGAGAAUGAAGGAAAAAGCUUACAGAGUGACGAGAGCGGAUUGUUUUUCGGAGAUGAAGAUUUGAGCAUGUCCACUGUUUAUUCGUCUGCACUCUCAGUUCCUACUGAUUUUUAUAUGCAAUUAUUCGGUGGGAAUGAGGUUGAGCGGAAAAUUAUGGAGAGAGCUGGAUGCCUUAGUUAUUCUCCUAGCAACUGGGAAUCUGAAAAGAGUGAUGUUUAUCAGAGGCACCUUUAUUACAAAUUUGAUACAUGUGUAUCCCGUUAUGGGGGUGAGGUUACUAGCACACAGCAGAAACUUCACCUGCCUGAGAAAAAUGGGUGGCUUGUAGAAGAAGUGAUGACACUUCAUGGGGUCCCUCUAGGAGACUAUUUUACUCUUCACCUUAAAUAUGUAGUCGAGGAUCUGCCCUCAAGAUCAGUAGGAUGCAGUGUUUCUGUUCAGUUUGGAAUGACGUGGUUGAAAAAUGCUAAACAUCAGAAAAGAAUGCAAAAAAACAUCGAAUCCAAUCUGAAAAAGCGUCUGCUGAUCAUGUUUAGCUCACUUGAGAAGGAAUUUCAUGAUUUGGGAUAAUAGUAUACAUGUGACCUGACUAUAACAUGUGAGAUUAGUAUAACAUGCGACCGACAGUGUAAUCUGUAUUCUAACAAGUGAUUUCACUAUGCCAUAACUUAUUAACACGUGACUGACGCUGUGAGUGUUGUAUAUCUGCCGAUGCAAAGAAGGAUGUAUGACAAGGAUCAGUGUAUGUGUAGGCAUAACUGAGCUGCAGCUGUGAUGAUAGAGAGCUGCUUAACAGGAUCAUCUUAAAGUCAAAUAGAUGCAUUGGGAAUUUCCUUCUUCUGUAAGAUGUACAAAAGUUUGUGCUAGGUCUCAGAGAUGUAAAAAAAAUGUUACAAGUCAAAAACAAAGUUCUUUGAGUGAAUUGUGGCUUUGUAAAUCAUUAUGAUACUAUACCAUAUACGAUAGUGUAUUACAACUUCAUUUUUGUAUGUACGUGAUAAGAUAUAAUUAAAUUCAUUCUGCAUUAAAAAAUUAGUGGAUUUCGG